UGUCGCUCGAGAGCAGGUAGACUGAAGAGGCGGGGCUUGAGUUUCUUUCCACCAAUCAAGGCGCGGGUCAAAGUGGAACGGUCAAUUCAAUAUGGCGGCAAGCAAACGAGUGCUGUAUGUUGGUGGGCUGGCAGAAGAAGUGGACGAGAAAGUGUUGCAUGCUGCUUUUAUUCCGUUUGGGGACAUCACAGACAUCCAAAUACCACUCGACUAUGAGACAGAAAAGCACAGAGGAUUUGCAUUUGUUGAAUUUGAACUGGCAGAGGAUGCAGCAGCAGCUAUUGAUAACAUGAAUGAGUCUGAGCUUUUUGGACGGACUGUCCGUGUCAACAUUGCCAAGCCAAUGAGAAUCAAAGAAGGAUCUUCUCGACCAGUGUGGUCGGAUGAUGACUGGCUGAAGAAGUUCUCUGGGAAAACUGCAGAAGAAGCCGAGGGGGAGGCUGCGGGAGAAACCCCCAACAUUGCUGCACAAGAGGCUGAGCCCCCUGCUAAGAAGGGCAGAGUUAAUCCACAGGUCUACAUGGACAUCAAGAUCGGUAACAAGCCUGCAGGGAGACUUCGCUUCCUCCUUCGGGCUGACAUCGUUCCCAUGACAGCGGAUAAUUUCCGCUGCUUGUGCACCCAUGAAAAAGGAUUUGGCUACAAAGGGAGCAGCUUUCAUCGCAUCAUCCCGCAGUUCAUGUGCCAAGGAGGGGACUACAACCACAACGGCACUGGCGGCAAGUCCAUUUACGGUCGAAAGUUUGAUGAUGAAAACUUUAUCCUCAAACACACGGCUCCAGGGCAGCUCUCCAUGGCUAACUCUGGGUCAAACACCAACGGCUCCCAGUUCUUCAUCACCAAUGACAAAACAGACUGGCUGGACGGCAAACAUGUUGUGUUUGGAGAACUGGUGGAAGGGAUGGAUGUGCUUCGAGCGAUGGAAGCUCAAGGAGCGAAAGAUGGCAAGCCAAAGCAGAAAGUGAUCAUCUCGGACUGUGGAGAACUUGUAUGAAUGAAAUACAACCCUGUGCGUUUUGUAUGAAUCUUGUAUAUGUUCAACAACUUUUACUUCACUUCCACCCCAAAUCUUUUGCAAUGUAAAUAUUUAAUAAACAUUUUUUUAAAAUAAACUGCAGCCAUUGGAUUUGUAGAUAGU